UUUUUGAAUUUUAAAUAAACAAUCAAAUACCAUUUAAAUGAACCUAUAGCAAAAAUUGUGUUGUUCAUUCAAUUUUUGCAGGUCAACGGUUUCACCACAAAACCUUUUCUCACAUUCACACUCACAUUCGUUAACAUUCUCGGCAUUAAUUGCUGAUGCAUCAGUUUAUGCAUAUGUGUGUGGGCUCGCGUUGAACUUGGUCGUGGUAUCAAUUUCGUGUAUCGUGAUCGUUUUUUGUUGUUGUUGGUAACGCAUCGCGAUCGGUACACGUUUAACAGUCGCUGAACAAUUAGCAAUUGAAUCAGUAUCCAAUCGGACGGUGAACCGAUUGACAUAUCGUUUGUUCAUUGCACGUUGAAUAAGUGAAUGUGUUAAAAUGAAAAUCACAUUGAUUUUCAUCGUUUUAGCGUAUUUUACGCAGAAAGCUCAUAGUGCCUCUCUUGGACAUGAAACACCCGACGAACAUGUACCAUUGUUGCCGAAAAUUCUAAAUCUUUUCGGAGGACAAGCUCGACAAGGUGAUAUGAUAGAUCCGAGUGCCAUAAACAGUGAAACAAAUGCAGAAACGGAAGCUGAAGUAGAUGACGAGUCGAAAUCUGAUAAACAACCGGGAAAAGGUAAACCGCCAAAGGUAAAACCACCAUCACCACCAUCAAAAGGAAAGGAUCCACCGCCAUCAAAAACUACAACACCUCCUCCACCUCCGCCAUCGAAACCCAUAAAACCAACUACUCCGCCACCACCACCUCCAACUGUCAAACCAAUUAAGCCAAAUGUUUUUGUUAAACCACCACCACCACCAUCGCCAUAUGGACCGGUAGCACCUCCUCCAGGACCACAACAUCCAUAUCACUAUCCCUACUCGGUCGUUGAUCCAGCCAGCCCGUUUGCACAACCACAGUAUGGACAUCAUUUCUCCGCACCGCCUGCACCAUUGCCUAGCCCUGAAUUCUACGGACCACCUGCAGAAUUCGCACCUGCUCAAUAUGAUACGCCAGAAAAUAGCUAUCGUCAAAGUCAUCAUUCAAAAGCGAGAUCGCAAGAUGAACACAACGUGCAAAAUGUGCAGAACACGCAAUUAGGAGCAGCCUACGCUCCUUCGCUCGCCAGCUAUGUUCCUCAAAAACCAGCUUACGCUCCUAGCUAUGCACCACCUAGCUAUGCACCACCCAGCUAUUCUCCUGUCCAAUGUCCGCAAAACUUAUUAGUCGGCUGCCAGCCGAGUGUUCAAUCGGUCCCAUGCUCUGCGUACAGCCCACUAGCAGCACCGUAUGUUCCUGCUCCUGUUUAUCCCUCAAAACCGGUUUACCGUUAUGCAGCUGAAGAAGAAGAACCACAACAGCAGCCACAGCAAACUUUCAACGAACAAGGAACGAUGCUUGGAAGUCAACGACCCUCUCAAUCUGAUUUCAUGGAGUAUGAUUACUUUGCCACUAAUGGAAAUCAUCAUGGCCAAAAACAAGCACUGCACUCGACACCGAAACAGCAUGCAAAACCCCAAAAAGAUGUGUCAAUUAAAAAAGAAGUAGAAAAAGAAUCAAGUUUAGGUGCAACCCUGAACAGCGAACCUUUGGUUGAACAGCAAACGCCGGAUUUGCCGCAAAUUCCAUCAAGUGGAUCUCAAAACGUGCAACAAAUGCCGGAAGCUCAACAAACACCAACGAUGACACAACAACAAGCGCCAUUCUCUCAACAACAAAUGCGACAAAUGGAAAUGCCACAAAAUCAAGCAUUACCACAACAACAACAGACUUCCAUGAUGACACAUCCGGGUUUCAGACAACAAGUGUCAGAUUCUCAACCGCUCCCAUCGAAUUUUCAACAAGUCCCACAGAUGAUGCAACUGUCUGGAGUCGGCCAGCAGUUCGUACAACAAGCACCACCGCUGACACAACAAGAAUUCGUCGGCCAACCAUUCAACCAAGCUUUCAACGGACAAGAAAUGAUGGUUGGAAGUAGACAUCCCGAAUAUAUGCGCAUCCACUUCUACAGAGACUCAGUUGAUCCUGACGGCGGAUACUAUCCACAGCAUCAUGUGAAACAACACAAGCAUAAACACCACACCAAACAUCAUAAGCAUAAGCAGGAGCAAUUUGAUCCAGAAGCUAAUACCGACCCAGAACCACAGCCGGAUCCAGAGCCGCAUCUAAAGAUUCAUCAUUCCAAAAAGCAUCAUGAAGAAACGUCAAAGGCUGAUGAAAAAGACGCAUCAAUCAGAAGAGAAGAGACCGAAGAAGGAAACAGAGAAAGUUUAGGCGCGACAUUGGACACCCAAACUACACUCGAACAGCAAGCGCCAAAUUUUGCUCAAAUUCCAACGAGUUCACCGCAAAAUAUGCAACAAAUGCCACAACAACAGAUUCCACAACAGGGACCAAUGAUGACCCAUUCGGUAUUCGCUCAACAACCAAUGCCACAAAUGGCAGUGCCACAAAGUCCAGCCUUUUCACCACAGCCAUCCAUGAUGACUCAUCCGAUUUUCUUCGGACAACAAGUGUCAAAUUUCCAACAAUCACCACCAAAUCCACCUCAGAUGAUGCGACAAAUGUCUGCAGCUGACUCGCAAUUCACACAACAACAACCACUACAGCAAGCACCAAUGAUGCGGCAACACAGUUUUAUCCGUCAAGCACAAGGUUUCAACGAAAUGAAUCAGGAGAUGCCGCUUUCGCAUCACGUCAAACAGCACCUCAAACAUCAUCAAAAUCAUCCUGAACAAUUCGAAUCGUUGAACGUAGAUCCAAAUGUGAAAUUCGAGGAAAAAACUUCCACUGGCGGAAUAAUCCCAAAGAGACCAAGAGAAGAGCCUGAAGACUCAAUUGAAAAAAAUUCAAGUGCCGCUGUCGACAAUGAAUCAUCGAUUGGACAGGAAGCGCCAAAUUUCCCUCAAAUGCCAUCGAAUGCACCUCAGAUGAUGCGACAAAUGCCAGCAGUCGAUCCUCGAUUCGCGCAACAGCCACCACAGCAAGCACCGAUGAUGCCGCAGCCAAUGUCACUUCCACAGCAACAAAUGCGACAAAUGGAAGCGCCGGAAUUUCAACAAGCACCACCGAUGAUGAUGCCAGUUCACCUAACACAUCCAAGCAUGCGUCAAGCUGCUGAGCGACAAUUUCCGAUGCCACCUCAACAUAUCCCAUCGACUCCGCAACGAUUUGCAAUGGCUCCAUUCGGGUUCGGACAACAAAUGCGCCAAAUGGAAGAAGAUCCACGUAUGCAGCCAAUGCAUAUGAAUGCAAUGGGCUUCAGCCAACAACGAAGCAACGAUCAAUUUGAGCAAGCAUUCCCAAUGCACCAAUUUGAUCAGAUGAACCAGCAACCAAACCAACAUCAUUUUGUUAGUAUGGCCAAUCCGUUCGCCGAACAAGCGCAAUUCGCAGCAGGAGAUAACACAUACUACUACUGAUGAUCGGCAUUUUUGCCAUUUCUCGAUUGGACUAUGAUCGUUCGACUCAUGCGAAAGAAAAAAAAACAAUUACAUUCAUUUUGCAUUCUUUUAACAAUUUUCAUUUUUCAAAUAUAUAAUCUGUAAUAGUAAGUUUUUUUAUUGGCAAAAUUAAAGCAUCAAGAAAAAUCAGCAAAAA